AUGACUAAAAGCAUGCAUCAUCCUUCUCAUCAUCAACAACAUUAUCAUCCAUAUCGUCAUUAUGAUUGUAAUGCAUUUGCACAGCAACAGUAUUCAUUACCAACAACAACAACAACAACAACAAAUGAACAAUGGUAUUAUCCAUCGACAAAUAUUACUGGAGAUAAUUUUCCUAUAUAUCAGCAUCCACAUCAUCAUUCGAGUUAA